AUGGGAAGGGGGAUAUCACGAUGGUCCCCCAAAGCAGAAAGGCGUGCUUGGCUAAUAAAUAUACCAAAAGAAGGUAGUAAUCACUUGGAGAAAGAUGUUCACCUGAUGUUGGACCACGAAGGUCACUUUUCAUCACAAAUCAUUCACAUUUCUGCUCAGACCUGCAUACACAGCCAUAGAAACACACAAAUGGAAGCUUACGUGGAUGCACAAAAAAGCAUGAUACAGAGGUCACUGAAGUUCACGCAAAUUCAACAGUUCUCGUCAAAACAUGAAAUUAGAAGGAGAACAGAAAGUUGCAAAAAAAUUCUCCAAUCCACAAACAUCUCCGUGUACUUACGUCAGCGCCUAUAUUUAUCCUCAUUUGUUUAUCCCUCUUUCUCUUCACCUCAAGGUGACCUUAACGGUGGAGGAGGAUUUAAUCCUUUACGAGGAAUCUCACAGAAAGUUAUGAGAAUAAGAGUAAAAUGUGGGUUUACCACCAGUUACCAUUCUUUGGGAGAGAAAGACGAAAUGAGAGAAUGGUAUCCGGAUGAUAAUUUCUACAGUCAUUUGCCGCCAGGACCUGAUUUACAGCAUUAUUUGGGUAUUUCAGUGUUACUUAACCGCCUACUUGAGUUUUCCUUUAUUUCAUACAACUUGGAAAGGCAUCAAAUCCUCAAAUCAUGCACUUACAUCACUCAUUUUACAUCGCUCCUUCUAGAAAAUUUUUUUAAGGACGAUUUCAAAUCUUUUAAACCCGAUAAAUUGCAUAGUACCAUUUUCUUAUUUACCAAAACCCCUUUCCACAAAAUUCUACUUUAUUUUCUACAUCUAAAAAAAGUUGCUGGUACUCAUUCCUCGGUCGAUUUUAUUGCCACACCACUCAAUGCAGUUGAGGCGUUAUUUCGCUCUUUGGCAUCAGCAAACAACAAUAACAUUCAUUCAUUCAUUCAUUCAAUUCCUCACUCCCUCACUGACGCACUCAUUCACGCUUUACUUUCAGUGGUGCGUGUCUACGUAAAUCACGUUCCUGGUUUCAUAUUUUAUGAUGAUGUUUUUUUACCAUUUGAAUGGGAGUCACAACUAACAAAAAAUACAUCUAUUAAAACACUUGAAUCUGAAUGCAAACUCAGCUAG